AUGGGUAGUAUUCCUAACACAGAGGCUAAGAUUCCGGUCAUAGACUUCUCCGGCGACGACUUAAAGCCCGGAUCAAGUUCAUGGCUGGAAGCCUGCAACAAAGUCUGCAACGCACUCGAAGACUACGGUUGCUUUGUGGCAACAUUGUCAGAUGCAGACUGUCUAGAGCUUCACAACAGCAUCUUUGGUAGCUUGGACGACUUGUUUGAUUUUCCCAAAGAGAUCAAGCUCCAGAACACUUAUCAGAAGCCUUUCCGUGGUUACCAUUCACCUAACUCUAUUCAUGAAGGCUUGGGGAUCGAUGAUCCCACAGACCCUGAGGCUACUCAUAAGUUCACCAAACUCUUCUGGCCCGAUGGAAAUCAUCGUUUCUGUGAGACGGCAAAUUCAUAUGCCAAGCUGGUGACGGGGCUAGACCAGACUGUGACAAGAAUGAUAUUUGAUCACUAUGGUGUGUACAAGUACUGUGAAUCUCAUAUUGGUUCCACUGAUUAUGUUCUUCGACUUCACAAAUACAAUGCAGCUGACAAGGAGAAAACCCACAAAGCUCUUCCGGAGCACACAGACUUGAACCUCACCACCAUUAUUCAUCAAAACCAUGUAAAUGGCUUGGAGGUCAAAACAAAGCAUGGUGAUCAGUGGAUUGGCUUCGAUGCCUCCCCUAACUCUUUUAUCUUCAUGACUGGGGACGGGUUUCAGGUAUGGAGCAAUGAAAGAAUUCAACCUUGUCUGCAUAGAGUGACGAUGAGCGAAAACGCAGUCAGAUACUCAGUUCUGCUCUCUACAUUCCACAAUGGGAUCGUAACUGUGCCCGAGGAGUUGAUCGAUGACGAACACCCUUUGAAAUAUAAGCCACUGAAUCAUCUUGAAUACCUUGCUUCACAACUGGCUCAACCUACAAGCAGGGUUUGUGUUAAGAACUUCUGUGGUCUUUGA